UGUCAGGGCAUCAGUCGUUCAUCCGAGCAACUAACAACAAUACAGACCAAGAUGUUCAAGCUGGUGGUAUUGUGUGCCUUCUUCGCCGCGGCGGCCGCCAAGCCCGGUGCACUCAUCGCGGCUCCCAUCACUCAGUACUCGACCUACGUGACUCCCGAUGUGACCACCAUCACCCGACAGGACAGCAGCGUGAUUCACCCAUCGCCGCUCUUCUACCAAGCACCUUUGGCUUACACUCACUUCAUCAAGAAGCGUUCUCCGCAGUUCCCCCUGACGUACGCCGCUCCUGCUACCUUCUACCCCAACUACUUGGCUGCCACUACGUACAACACGCCGUUGAUCCAGAGCCCCCCAUCCAUCCUGCCAGCGCCCAUCGCACCCAUCGCGUCCGUGCCCGCCGUGCACCUGAUCAAGAAGAGGUCCGCACCUUUGAUCCCAACGACAUACUUCGCGCCCAGCACCUACGCCGCCACUACUCCUCUUGUAGCUUCCACUUACACCGCGACCGCCCCUAUUUACUCACACGCUGCCCCCCUGCUCUCCCAGUCCAUUGCUAUCUCCCAGCCUCUUGCUUACACCCACCUUAUCAAGAAGCGUUCUGCUGCUCUGUUGAACACUUUCGUCGCCCCUACCUCUUACUCCCAUCAGUCAAGAUUUGAUCUGCAGGCAACCCACACUCCUUACUCUGCCAUAUCCUAUGCUGCCCCAUUCACCUACUCCAACUCCCUUGCCUACUCCAGCCCGCUCGCUGUAUCUCAUUUGUACUAUAAUCAGUUGAACAUGUUUCGUGUGGUAGUGUUGUUCGCAUCCCUGGCCCUGUGUCAUGGGCACGCAGUACCCGUGGUGGCGCACCACGCUGCUGUAGUGGCGCCGGUGGUGGCUGGCUACGCCGGUCACGGCUAUGGUGGCCAUGGAUUUGGAGGAUACGGCUACGGAGGACUUGGCCAUGCUGGUCUUGGUUUCGGAGGACUUGGCCACGGAGGACUAGGCCAUGGCGGACUCGGCCACGGAGGACUCGGUCAUGGAGGACUCGGACACGGCGGACUUGGUUUUGGAGGCUUAGGUGGUCUCGGAGGCCAUGGCUUGUUGGUCAAGGGAGUUGGACAUCAUAUCCACAAGCGUUCUCCUCAUCUCGUAGCUCCAGUUGCGCACGUUGCUCACGUGGCUGCUGUAGCCCCGGUGGCUCAUGUGGCUCAUGUUGCGCCGGUGGCUCACGUUGCGCCGGUGGCUGUGUCCCACCAGUCUCGCUUCGACGUGCAUUCAUCUCCUGCUGUGGUUGCCACCUCAGUAGUGCAGCCUGUUGUAGCCGCCCCCGUGGUGGCUGCUGCUCCCGCAGGACUCCACUUAGGAGGUAUCGGCGGAGGCCUGGGAGCUGGUCUCGGAGGCGGUUUCCACGGUGGCUUCGGAGGCGGACACUACGGACAUGGCUAUGGCUAUGGACACCACUAGUCGCGAUAUAUUUAAAAGAAAAUGAUUGGUUUUGUAAAUUAGGUAUGAAAAUGUAUUGUGUAGCUAUAAAUCUGCAAAUAAAGAUGUGAUAUUAA